AUGGGCAAUCUUGAUGAUGCAUUCAAGUACUUCCAGUUAGUAGUAAACCGGUUGGUUACCCUUCACGGGAAACGUGACAGUGAUCCAGAAUUCAUUGGUGUCUCUUUGAAAUUGGCGGACAUCUUUGCUCAAAAAGGCCAAUUAGAUGAUGCAGAAGUUGGAUUUUCGCACUGUGUUCGAAAACAAAUGAUGGUUGUCGACGAGCACAUGAAAAAGUAUAGCGUUGCUCAAGGUGCUCUCGUAGAGGAUAGACAUGUUGCUGAUACGCAGGGUCCAAUUUAUACUGAUCCUAUAGCUUUAUUUGGAAUGGCAUUAGAGCGAUAUGCCCAUUUCUUAGUCACUUAUCGAGAUGAGAAGCGGAUGCGUGAAGCGGAAGAGUACAUGGAUGAAGUUAUGAAGGUAAUAUUUACUUCUAAGAGCAUGACUGUAGUGCUUACCUGUGUUCCCCUUCUUAAGAUCUGUUAUCAGCUCUACGGCUCUAAUUCAUUCCAUACUAUCAAUCUACUCAAUAAUUUUGGUGCAGUCCUUAUAUUCAAAAACAGAUUCGAAGCAGCUUUAAAAUAUUUAGCGAUUGGCAUUGACCGAAUAUUGUACGUGAAUGAAUGUGCGAGUAUGAUUCCUGGUUAUUACUGCAAUUAUGCAGAAGCUCUGUACCAUGUGGGUCGGAAGAAGGAAGCGCUUGAGUAUGCAAGAAAAGCUGUUUUACUGAGCAAAUCAGAGGAGCCUCGGAUACAAAAUUAUGCCCAG